AUGAGCCGCCCACCGUUGCCAAACAAAAAACAUGGUGAAAACAACGGCCUCUUUGUUGAAGGUGAAAGGCGGUACUGCUACGGGCAAUACCUCAAGAAGUACGGCUCGUCGAUGACCACCGUUAGCACCAUCCUCAAGCCAAGGAUCUCGUCCCCGUCGGCGCCGACCGCCAGGACCUCCAUCAUCGAGAGGAUCCUUAUGAUGUCCGUCGUGAUCCUCGUCGCCACCAUGUUCAUCAGGGUCGUCCCCAUCAUGUCCUCUGAGGAUGGAUGUGCAAUGCCAGGCGCCACUGAACUUCCGAUGGCCAUCAUCCACAACUACGAAGCUACCCAGGCUUUGCAUCAGGUAGUUAAUGAGCAGGCUAGCUAA